CGGGGCUUCGGCUGAGCGGCGGCGCGCGGACUGAUUGACUGGUUUAGUUUCUCCGAGGAGUUGCUGUGUUUCCCGCGUGUCUGCAGCUGCUUAGUAAGUGCACUAGUUAGUGUUCAGCUCGAGCACUAGUUGAGAGAUGUCCAGCUGUGGUAGACCGUGAGCGUGUGAGUGCGAGGAUCGCGGCAGGAUGAGUGUGCUUCUCCGGCUCGGGUUUUGCUUUCUGCUGCUCUUCUGCUGCGCUGCUGCUCAAGGUCCAGACUGUGGAGCUGGAUGUCACCGACACCACGGGUUCUGUGAGCAGUCUGGAGAAUGCAGGUGCAAGUCUGGCUGGCGAGGCGCAGUGUGUGAUCAGUGUGUUCCCUCAGCUGACUGUGUUCACGGCUGGUGUGAAUCUCCCGGCGAGUGUAUCUGUGAGUCCGGCUGGAGCGGCGCGCGCUGCGAUCGAGAUGUUCGUCCGUGUUCAUCGCAGCCCUGCUCUGCAGACUCCAGAUGUGUGGACGCUGCAGGAGGACGAGGACACGUCUGCAUCUGCACUGCUACACACUGCCGCACGGAGGAGACACACUGCACAGUCAACGGAUCUCUCUGCCAGAAUGGAGGCUCCUGUGUGUCCAGUAGCUCCUCCUUCAACACAUCUAGCUCCUCCUCCAACACUAGCUCCUCCCCCAGCUCCUCUAGCUCCUCCUCCUGCCUCUGUCCGGCUGGGUUCACUGGUUCUCUCUGUGAGCUCCAGUCUGCCGUGUGUAAGUCCAGUGUGUGUGUGAAUGGCGGGCGAUGCGUCCGGCGUGGUCUCUCCUACAGGUGUGUGUGCGCGCGCCGCUUCAGCGGGUCAUCGUGCGAGCGACACAGGCCCAGAGUAAAAGCGCCACAGCAGCACCACACAGCACUCCACAAGCCGCUGGAGACCCCCGGCGCUCUGGCGUCCCGCAGUCAGCUCAUCUGCUUCUCCGUCCUGGCUCUCCUCACGGUCCUCGUGGUCCUGGGCUCCACCGCUAUCGUCUUCUUCCAGCGCUGCGAGGUCUGGAUGGCCAACGUGAGGUACAGGCAGCUGGUGGCGCAGCAGAGGGAGCUGAUCCAGGACCAGGCCACCGUGAACAUCAUCCUGCCUGAGAAGAUCAAGCUGAGCAGCUACAGCAGACACUACACCUCCAUCUGACCCGCGGCAGGACUGCAGCCACACACACACUGUGGGACGACUACACUACCUGUUCAUGUGUACAGAGACUGAAACACAGCACAGUCCAACAGAACGCUGAAAUCACUGGAGUCAUUUAUAGCAGACACUGCAGUGCUGGAGAACCAAACUGUGAUGAAGUGGAGACAAUAGAGUAUUCACAACUCCAGCAUUAACUACAGUGAACUGAUCAAUACUAUAGCUUACUGGAGUUUUUCACAACGGUAAACUGUGGUGUAUUAUAGUAUAUCGUAGUAUCACCACAACAGAUCGAUUACUGUAGUCGCUGUGUAACCAUAGCAACUGUAGAAUCACCACGACAGAUCGAUCACUGUAGUUGUUGUUACCAUAGCAACUGUAGAAUCACCACAACAGACCAAUUACUUUAGUUGUGUUACCCUAGCAACUAUAGAAUCACCACAACAGAUUUGUUACUGUAGUUGUUGUGUUACCAUAGCAACUGUAGAAUCACCACGACAGAUCGAUCACUGUAGUU